CGUGCCCCCACUCCCCAACCCAUCCAUAUUCGCCGUCCAUCGCCUCGGCCUACACUCCCGCCGCCGCCGCCGAUCUCAGUUCGGCCGCGCUGCGCCAUGUCGUCGUUCAAGCCCAACCCGCUGUCGCUGAGCGUGCCGGACCCCGCCCUCGACCGCUGGCUCCGCGACUCCGGCUACCUCAACCUCCUCGACUCCUCCGCCUCCACACCCACCACCGCCUCCUCCUCCGCAGCCGCUCCCGCCAACCCCGCCUCUGCCUCCGCCGCCGCAGCCGCCGACGUCCUCGCCAUCGCCCGCACCCUCGCCUCGGUCCUUGCGCUCAACCCCUUCGCCCGGCUCUCUGCCGCCGACCUCGCCGCGCCGACGCCCCCCUGGUCCCUCGCCUUCCUCGGCCCGCCCGGCGCCGCUUCCUACUCCUGGCCCCCGACCCCGACCCAGGCUCGGCUCCGCGUCCAGGAGAACGUCCGCCGCUACGCCCGCAAUUACGCCGCGCUCGCCAUCGUCGUCUUCGCCUGCUGCCUGUGUGCAUCACCUAGCCCCCUCUCCCUGCCUUUGUUGAUUGUUGCUGAUGCCUUUACUGCAUUGUUUCAGCCUCUGCGUCUGAGAAGUAAAUCUGCUACUGCUACUGCUGGUGUGUGUGUCCAGGUACCGGAUGCCAAUGGCGUUAUUGGGGAUGUUAGCCAUACUCGUGGUGUGGGAGGGUGUGAGGUACUGCCGGGAGCGUUGGGGACUUGCCUCGCGGGAACCCAGGGUUGGGCAGUUUCUCCUACAUUGUGCGCAGAUCGCUACCGCUGUGCUGGUUUAUGUGUGCAAUCUGCAGUUUGCUCUUGUAUAUGCCAUUGGGUUGAGUUAUGCAGUGAUGAUGUUGCAUGCUUGUUUUCGAAAAUUGACUCCUCCAAACCUACCUGAUCCGGGGAAGAGAAACAGGAGGGCACAACUAGAAAGAAGCUAAUUAGUUCGUCUGCAAAAAAUAGAAAAAAAGCUAUAAUUCAUGGUAGGCUGCUGAUUGAAGGUUCUCUCUUCUAAUAUGGAUGAUAGGAUGGCUGUUCUGUUGGAGCUCAAUUUAUAGUCUCCAUGCUCUAUUUUCAGGAUAGAGAAUAGGAUACAUAAGCUGUUGGAGAUGCUCUGGCUGCAUUUUGGACUCAUUCCAGAGUAAAUCUUCACCAUUGUUGAGGAGUUUUAUCCUGUCUAUGGUAAACGUGUGUAUGGAUAAGGCCGAUAUGAGGAUCAUUGAGAAGACGGAGGGCACGAGGUUAUACAUAUUCCGACCCCUGACAUGGAUAAUAGUAUAACAUGUGGGAUCACCUAUCAGUGGGAUCCACCUAUCAGCGACGGUAAUGACAUUGUAGAGUAUCCGAGUCCAGCUUUGUGGAUGGGAGUCCUAAAUUCCUAAUCUAGCCUAUUCAGCUAAGUUGGUGAUAUAUCAUCAGGUCAAGCAUUUCCCUAUUUCUGGUUGUGCCCGUGCAUGAUACACGCCAAGUUUCCCUAUGUAUAAUUGGGUUUGUAUUUGUAUCGCAUCCAUGGUGUGAUUGGCCUUCUCCUUCAAACAUGACCAGCAGCUUGCCCUUGGCUCA